AUGACCACGACGUGGCCGUCCCGAUUGGCAUCGGCCCGUACGUGGGAGGACGUCGUGCACGCGCUUUGUGCACCGCUCGUCCUCAUUGAUUCUGCGCCGGAGGACGGUGCGACGUGCACGGACGAGACACUCACGCCCCGCUUUGUCGAUGUAUGGUGGGGCGCUUGUCAGCAUGCCCUCUUGACAUCCACGCUCGUGACGUGGGCGCCUACAUUGGCCGACAAGGGCCUGUACGAGCGCCUAUGUGAAGCAUGGCUCGUGCCUUCAUCGACACACCCCUUGACUGCCUCCGUGUGGGCUCAAUCCCUAUCGACCUGCUCGGCCCUGCUCACGGGCCCCACCGCCGCGGCGCUGCAUCCAGCCACACGUGAUGCCCUCACCGUGGCGCUGACGCGUCUCGAUCCGAGUCGCUUGCUCCCAGCCUUAUUGGCGGUCUAUGAUCGCACGACCAAAGCAGCACAACAGGACGCCCAGUGGACAGAUAUGGUGGCCGAAUGCAUAGCGCUGCCGACGCGCGUCGCCAAUGUGUAUGGACCGCUGGCCACGUCAUCCUCUACCUAUGCAUCGCUCCUGGAUCAGUAUGCGACAUGGCACGCACGUCUCGCUACCGCGUUGGCCGACGUACUCACACAGACCACGGCCCCCCGAUGCGCACGCCUUGUCACGCGAGCGUUGCAGACAGGUGCGAUCCUCUCCACGGCUCGGCCGCCUACGUGGUGGGAUCGGCUGUGGCCCACGUUGGCGCAGGCCAAGGCAGACCAGGCCCAGGCAUGGGCAGCGCUGUACCAGUGCCUGGACGAGGACGUACGUGGGCCGUACCUACAUACGCUCGUGCAAGCCUUGCAAGCCAACGUCGGUACGCAGCCAUUCGCCCACCUAGUCGAUCCACGAACGGAAACCACACCGGGCUCCGAAGGACGUGCAUUCUUCUCCUCGGACGCCCGUGCGUGGGCCGCCAUGGCAUUGCAUGUGCUGACCACGGCUGGUAGCGAGGCGGACGCGCCACGAUGGGCCGUGGCGCUCUCGCUGGACGACAUGUACACGUCCUAUGCUCCUCUUCUGUGUGUGGUCGUAAGUACGUGGGCUAUGCAGGCUGAGCCCGACGAAAGUCUGACCUCCCUACUGCACGUAUGGAGCGAUCCACGACGUAUAGAGCGCGCCAGCUUGAAGCAUGUCAUGACACUCACGACAUUGGUCGUCGCAGCCAUGCACACAUGGCGCCCCACUGAACGUGCGGCGCAUUUGCGUACGUACAGUACCUCGCCGAGGUUCUUGCAGGGCGUAUCAGCCUACUUGAGCCAUGCCGACCCAGCCGUGCGGCGGUGGGGCAUGCUGGUCGCCGAGCUGCUUAGUGCAGAGACAGCGGCUCAUACACCGCUCCGUUUCCCUGCGUCCGUGUGGGAUGGACGUGGCGAGGGCCGCGAAGCGUGCCGCGUGUUGCGUGCUUGGUACAUGGACGAGACGCCGUUGGUCCCCAUGCCCCAGGCGGUCGCCCUGCCGACCUGCGCACCAUGGGCGACAGCGCCGACGCCGCGUCCUCCACGCGCCGCGCCUACGACGACGCGCUUGCCGCGCCGCGUCCCACCGCGCCAAAAGCCCUUGAUUGAGGUUGUGGAAGACACCUCGCCACGGAAUCAUGACGAAAAGGAGGAGAGCGAGGAAGAGGAGGAAGAAGACGUGCCCAACGACAGUGACGAGGACGGCGCUACGAUACCCACAGAUACCCACGACGAGCGUGAUACAUCGACCAUGCUGGACGAGGCGCUACGUACGAAAAAGCGCGCACCUGUCUAUAUUUAUGAACUGGCCCCACUUCUUCGUGAGCGCGAUGUGCAUGCCAACAAGCUGGGCCUCAAGCAUGCCGAAGCGCUGAUCCGUCGCAAAACGGGGUGGGGAGCGGAGAUUGCAGAGCAGGCCGUCGACUUGACGAUAGCCUUGGCAUCGAUGCAGGACAAUUUUGGGCUGCCUCGUAUGGACGAGCGUCGCACGGCAGCCCUAGCAGCGCUGUGCAUAGCAGCUCCAGCUCCGGUCGUCGAUGCGCUGUACGAGCAGUGCUUUACGCCCCACUAUGCCUUGCAGCAACGCUUGGCGAUGCUACGUGCAGUGGGCCUCGCGGCGCAGGAGCUGGCCGGGAUGCCCACGCCGUCGUCGUCGCCCGCCGAUCGGGCUUCAGAACUGGUCGAUCAUGCCUUAGAGCGCGUCCACCAAGCCGGCGAGACACGGAUCGUACAAGCGUCGCCGCAGCGUGAGGCGGAUGUACGUCGUUGGCAGGCCGCUAUGCGAACAUCCGCUGGGACGACCCAUGGCACAGCGCUGCCUACGUGGAGUGUCCGACCGACAGUCUCUUGGACCCAGGUGGCAGGCCCGCACUUUAUUGGGCCGCUGGUCUACCGAUGCCAGCAAGCGCGGCAGUCGACGUCGCGUACGUAUGCAGGCUCAGAGGCGGUGUAUACGCCCACGCUUAUCGCGGCCGUGCUGCAUACGCUGUGUAUACUGUGCUAUGCAGGCCGACACACGGCGUUUUUCGCGACGCGCAUCGCGCCAGAUGUGUUGCAGAUGGCCGAACGAUGUGCGACGGAACUGGACGAGGUGGACCUGCAAGUGCCCCAAGCGGCCAUGGCCCUGGUCUUGACCGUACUGGAUAUUGUCGAAGAGGACAGCCGUGAUCAUGGCGCGCACUUUGCUCAGACGCAUGCACGUCUGCUCACGCGUCUGCAGGGCGUAGCACAGGCCGUAUGGGAGGCGUCCCAUCUUCAGCCCGGAGAUGCCCCCUCGCUGCAAGCGGAUGCGGCGACGCGCGCGGCCGGCGUGCUGUUGCGCAUUGCCGACAUGCAAGAGGCGGCGUACCGAGUGCUCCUACAACAACGUACAUAG